UAGCAUGUAUAGGAUUACUGUUUCCUUUGGCAUUGCCAUCGUUCUCUUCUCACUGUAUUCACCAUGUGAAGGAGCUCAACAAAGCCACAUAUUCCUGGGAUUUUCACUCUUUCCAGAAACUAACUCCAGUUCAUGGCCUUCUGCAUCUGGCCAGUUCAAAUUCGGCUUCUAUCAGCAAGGAAGUGGCUUCGCAGUUGGAAUUUGGUUGGUGGGUUUAGAUCGAAACACAACGGUAUGGACAGCAAACCGUGAUGAUCCCCCACUAAUUCCCUCACCAAAUAAUACAGUACAGCUGCAGUUAGCCACUGAUGGUAGGCUUGUUUUAACAAGUAAACAAAGUCAUGAAGUAGUCAUCGCAAGUGCAACAAACGGUUCUGUUUCAUCUGCCUCCAUGCUUGACUCAGGAAAUUUUGUUCUUUACAACGCAAACCAUGAAGUGGUCUGGGAGAGUUUCAAUCAUCCUACUGAUACGAUCCUGGGUGGUCAGAUUCUGCGUGCUGGCGGUCAAUUAGUCUCCAGUCUGUCUGAUGCUGACCACUCCACAGGACGGUUUCAUCUCAACAUGCAGACUGAUGGAAACCUUGUUUUGUACCCAGCUAACUCUGAAAACUCUCCCACAGACGCCUACUACAGCACAGAUACUUGGAGGAACUUAAAGCUUGACCUCUAUCUUAACAGUACAGAUGGUAGUCUAGCUCUAAUCAACAGCUCGGGAGUUUACGAAUUCAUCAGUUCGCAGAGUGAUGAUUCAGCCAUUGACACCAUAUAUCGGGCUACUGUUAGCGUCAACGGAGUAUUACGGGUGUAUUCUCAUCAGAUGGAUCCUGACACACGCAAGCUCCAAACACCUGUUAUUAUGUGGUACAAACCAGAUGAUCCUUGCGAUGUUAAUGGGGUGUGUGGCCUCAACAGCUAUUGCACACUCAGUGAUGACCAACCGGACUGUCUUUGCCUUCCUGGAUCAGAUUAUGCUGAUCUCAACCUCAGGACUAUGGGUUGCUUAAGAAACUAUUCAGAACCUGCAUGUGCAGCUGGUGGGAAAGAGAAUACAAGUUUUUAUGAGAUAUUCACCAUGGAAAAUAUGGCCUGGGCAGAUACUCCUGACUUUACAGCCACAAUGACCAUGGAUGAAUGUAAGAAGUCUUGUCUAGAGGACUGCAAUUGCGGUGCAGCUCUGUUCAAACCAUAUACAUGUAAGAAACAAAAGCCACCACUUAGAUACGUGAGAAGAGACCUAAAUGAGCAAACCGCAGCUUUCUUCAAGGUAACAGCAAGCAGUGAAAGCACGAACAAUGUAACUGAAACUGUAGAGAUUCCCCCUACAGUUGUCAGAAGCAAUAGCAUCAUCUUACACGUUCUUGUUUUAACAUUAAGCCUAAUCCUCUUCUCAUGUGCUGCACUUGCAAUAUCGGGAUUUUACAUUUUCAAAAUCCGAGUUCUAAGGUACAAAAGGCUGUCAGAGAUUGAUAUGAAUCUGGGCCUGGCGGAUGAGGAACUCACUAUGAGAGUUUUUUCAUACAACGAGCUGAAAAGGGCCACAAAUGGUUUCAAGCAAGAACUGGGGAAGGGGUCCUUCGGAGCAGUCUACAAAGGGGCUGUAAACAAAGGGAGAAAACUCAUUGCAGUGAAGAGACUAGAAAAGUUGGUGGAAGAAGGUGAGAGGGAGUUUCGAGCAGAGAUGCAAGCAAUUGGAAGAACGCAUCACAAGAACUUAGUUCGAUUGCUGGGUUACUCUGCUGAGGAUUCCAAAAGACUCUUGGUCUAUGAAUAUAUGAGCAAUGGCUCCCUUGCAGAUCUUCUUUUCAAGAGAGAAUGGCACCCAGCUUGGGAUGAAAGGGUCAGAAUUGCAGUUGAUGUCGCGAGAGGUCUCCUCUAUCUACACGAAGAAUGGAUAAGAGGGACAAGAGGGUACUUGGCACCAGAAUGGCAAAAAAACACUCCAAUUUCAGUGAAGGCAGAUAUCUACAGUUUUGGUAUAGUGCUUCUUGAAAUUGUGUGUUGCAGAAGGAACUUGGACGUCAGUGUUAGAGCAGAUGAGAUAGUUCUUUCUACGUGGGUCUAUAAGUGCUUUGUCAAUAGAGAGCUGCAUAAACUUAUUGUGGGUGGCGAAGAAGUGAACAAGAAGAGCUUGGAGACAAUGGUUAAGGUGGGAUUAUGGUGUAUACAAGAUGAACCAGCUCUGCGUCCAUCAAUGAAGUCUGUAGUUUUGAUGUUACAAGGGGUUACUGAAGUAGCUAUUCCUCCAUGUCCAACCACAAUGUCUAUGUAAUUCGUCAUUAGCUUAAAAAGUAUCGUUUCUGUUACUCAUUUCUGUGUUAUAGAAAUAAAGCUAGACUUCUCUCCAGUAUUCUCUGGGACAUGUAUGUUCUAUAUAAUAUUUCUAGGUUUCUUGGCCUUGUGUAAAGGAAUCAAGAAUUUAAGAUACAAAUAAAUGUUCCGGGAGAAUUAUUAUUCUAUCCUUGUGUGUGUCUUAGUCUUAUUAGGUUUUCUGUUAGAGAUAGAUCUGCAUCUCUGUAAUAGAUUAGGACUCUGAAUCCUACGGGGUUCAGGUUAUGUAAUACCUAUAUA